AUGACGUCCAAUGCUAUCGAUGUAGAGGGUCUUGCUCUCACCUCAAAUCUACCGGAUGCCAUCCCUGAUCUCCUUCAAACGGUUGCGAGCCAUGGCAAAGACCUCAUCGCUCAGGAUCCCGAAGCACGGUUGAAGCUGCUAGAAGCUGCCCGAUCAUUGAUGUAUGCAUUAGAAACCCCCCGAGAAGCCAUUAUUAGACACUGCUGGUCCGAGGUGUGUUGUCACCUGCCAUCACCUGCUUCUUGGAGCGAGUUGAAAUUAUUUAGACUGACAGAUAUUGCAUGUACUCAGUCUACGAGUUACGCAGCCCUAGAGACUGCCGUUGAUAUGUCUCUCUUUUCUGCUCUCGGCACAGAUGACAGACCGAAGACUGUCGCAGAGCUUGCUGAGGCAACCAGAGUAGAUCCAUUCUUGCUCGGUCAUGAAACAGAAAUGGGUUCCUUUGGCCAUGUGCAACAGGAACCGCUCACGGCAAAGCAGUCUAAUAACCACAUGUCAGUCUACGCUCGGUGCCGAGUCCGCUGGAUGGAUCCCGGUUUCUACCCGGUCCAAGAACAGCUUAUAGCCGGGGUCACGAUUAGCGAGGAUGAUGUCCUUCUCGUUGAUGUUGCAGGUAGCUUUGGUCAUGAUCUAUCCGAUUUCCGUCGGAAAUGGCCUGGCCUCCCCGGUCGUCUAGUGCUACAGGAUCUUCCUGAGGUGAUGGUUUCUGUUAAGGAUUUGCAUCCAUCUAUUGAAGUUACUAGUCAUGACUUCUUCACUGAGCGACCAGUCAAAGGUACGGAAAUAGGACUUUUCCAUGUCCUUGCGCAUCGAUUUAGAGCUCAUCAAUUCCUGGAAUAUACUAACAUUAUAUCCGCGUAG